UUUUCAGGUAAAAAUGCACCGCCUGACACACGUGAGCACUCGAAAUCGAUCGAGUCUCGCUGAAAAGCUGCGAAACGCCGUCGGAGGUCAGGAUUUUGGAAAAGCCAAGCAAAUCGUCGCCGGUGGAUCGAUUGCGGUGAAGGAUGAGCAUGGUGAAGACUUCCGUGAGCUCUAUGUAAUGCCAAAACGAAAACUUCGCGGUCAAACUCAACUGGAACAAGCCACUGGACGUACCGAAUACAAAACUCGAAGCCGGUUCGAUUUAAUGGACCGCCUAACAAAAAGACCGCCGAGAAGUGAAGAAAUGGAUCCAGAAGCACAGAAAUGGUGUGAUGUAUGGCCAGCUGCACGAACAUUUGCAUCGUCUGUAGUUCCGUUACCAGUUCGAAUGGGCACACGGCCAAAUGUUGAGAAGCGAGCACCGUUUAAGAAGGAAGGAAAUUUGGAAUUGGUUAAAAUUCCCAAUUUCUUACAUUUAACACCACCGGCUAUUCAACAACACUGUCAAGCUAUCAAAAAAUUCUGUACUCCAUUCCCACCGGAACUCCUCUCCAAUCCAUCUGCCACGUGUCAACAUCUUCCAAUUUCCAUAGAAUAUUCUACAUACAUUCAUCAGGGAACUUCAAUCCGUGACAUUAGAAGCCGUGUCGUAACUAUGAAAAUCCACGUGGCAGAGCUUAAAUUGUCGGAAAAUCAAAUGGAAAAACUGAUUCGACUGGCCGCAAAUCGAUAUGACGAAAAAACGGGAAAAAUGACAAUUAUCACUGAUAGAUGUCAUACGAGACAACAGAAUCUCGAUUAUGCACACUAUUUACUAACUGUGUUAUAUCAUGAAGCUCAAAAAGUCGAGAAAUGGGAUGAAUUGAAGAACCGCACCGACGCUCUGAAAGUUGAAUUCGAUGGCUCCAACACCAAAACCAAACUCAUCGAUUUACUGGAAAAAGCCAAGUUGACGCCUGGAUUAAGCCCCAGCGCCGCCGGAUGUGGAGAUCAAAAAUCGAUUGACGAAUUCGGAGAAAUGUGGAAAGCCUAUAGAAAUAGCGAGGAAACUGUCGAAAAAACGCGGGAAUACGGUCGUCAGAUGAAGAAAUUACUCGGAAUUCAACAAUAAUUUACUGUUUUUUUUUAGUUCUGCUAAGAUUAUUAUACAUUCGUCACGAAUGUGUAAUAAUUUUUUUUCUCGAAAAUUUUUUGUUUUUUUUUUGUUAUUCUAGCAGUUUUUAUAAUAGAUCCCUCAAAUUCUGUCAAAAUUUGGAAUUUUUUCCAAAUUUUUAGCCGGAUCUGUAAUAAUUUUUUUGUCCGAAUUUUUUAGAUAGUUCCCAUCUUUCAUGUUAUUUCAUUUUUUUUUGGAAAAAUUUAUA